AUGUCCGGCGAUGAUAAAACACCCGACGGCAAAGCCUCCUCCUCCGGCGACUCGGCUACGGCCAAACCCCUCCAUCCGGUUUACACCGUCACCAACAUACAACACAAGGUUCGUGUCCUUUACGAAACCAAGGUCACCUACACAUUGUGGGUGAAACUGUUUAUGCUUCACGCAAAAGGAUAUGAAGUGUUACAUCAUAUCGACGGUACAGAUCCGCCUGCAUCAACCGACCCGGAAUACGACGCUUGGGCCAAGAUUGAUUCCAUCGUCUUACAAUGGAUCUAUGGAACACUGUUCGAUGAUCUCCUUGUUCGUAUCCUAGAAUCCGAGUCCACAGCUAGAGCCGUCUGGGUACGUCUUCAAGGAGUGUUUCUUAACAACAAAGGAUCAAGGGCAGCAACAUUAGAACAUGCUUUCACCAACCAUAAGUUAUCGGCUUGUUCUUCUGUGGCUGAAUAUUGUUCCAAACUCAAAGAAAUCGGUGAACAGUUGAAGGACAUUGAUCAACCGGUUCCGGACUCUCGUCUCGUGCUUUAG